GAGAGAGAGGGAGAGGGAGGCCGAGCCGAGGCCGGAGCUCCCUUUUAAUUGAGGCUGUCAGGCUGCGAGAGGGAAGCAGGAGGAGGACGCUUCCACACUCGAGGCACCGAGGAAGGAAGGAAGGAGAGAGAGUAGCGGCAGCAAUUGCAACAGCAGAGCCAGGCUUCCUUUCCCGCCAGCGGCAAGGCAAGCAGCCUCCCGGGAAGGAAGGAUUUGUUGGAGGAGCCCUUGGGUCGCGGAAGGAAGGAAGCGGCCAGGAAAGCAGCCUUCUGCGGCGGAGGAGGAGCAGCAGCAGCAGCAGCAGCAACACAAGGAAGGAAAGACUUGGUGGAGGAGCCCUUUUCCCGCCCCCGGAUCACCUUCAGAGAGAGAGAGAGAGACCAUUGUAUGUGUAUAGAUACAGAUAGUGUGUCUAUAGUGUGCGCGUGUAUUGUGUGUAAACACAUAGACACUUGCACUAUAUAUAUGUGUGUAUAUGUAGUGUGUGUGCGCAUACAUACACUUAUGUAGUAUAUAUGUAGUGUAUGUAUACACACGGACACAUAUAGUGUGUGUGCCUUUAUACCUAGUGUGUGCAUACACACACACACACACACACAUAUAUAUAUCUUGUGUAAAUAUAUACCCACAUAGACACCCAAAUCCACUCUCCUCUCCCUGCCUGGCUCCCCUUCUCCUCCUCCUGGCUCCGGGGUCCCUUGGUGGCGGCGCUGGGUUCCGGAUGAAGACGCACCUCUGGGGGGGCUCCUCGGAGGGCUCCGUGGCGCCGCCGCCGCCGCCGCCUCCUCCGUCUUCGGGGGGGAUGUCUGGGUCUCCUCCGCCGUGGAAGAGCGCGGCGUGGCUGCAGGAGGAGCUGGAGUCCGGGGCCGGCAGGGCCUCCUCCUCGUCGGGGGGCCUGCUGCUGCUGGACUGCCGGCCGCACGAGCUCUUCGAGUCCUCGCACAUCGAGUCCGCGGUGAACGUGGCGCUGCCGGGGCUGAUGCUGCGGCGGCUGAAGAAGGGCAACCUGCCCAUCCGCUCCAUCAUCCCCAACCACGAGGACAAGGAGCGCUUCCUCCGGCGCUGCAAGGCCGACACCGUCCUCCUCUACGACGAGGCCACCGCCGACUGGAGCCACGACGCCUCCUCCGUCCUCGGCCUCCUGCUCCACAAGCUCCGCGAGGACGGGUGCAAGGCCUUCUACCUCAAAGGUGGAUUCAACAAAUUUCAGACAGAAUACUCAGAGCAUUGUGAAACCAAUCUUGACACUUCUUCUCCUACCAACUCUCCUCCUGCCUCUGUCCUUGGUCUGGGAGGGCUGAGGAUCAGCUCCGAUUGCUCCGAUGGGGAGUCUGACCGGGAGCCUAGCAGUGCCACGGAAUCAGACGGGAGCCCUAUCCCUAACAAUCAGCCAGCGUUUCCUGUCCAGAUUCUUCCCUAUUUGUAUCUGGGUUGUGCCAAAGAUUCCACCAACUUGGAUGUUUUGGGCAAAUAUGGCAUCAAGUACAUCCUGAACGUUACUCCCAACCUUCCCAACAUGUUUGAGCACGACGGAGAAUUCAAGUACAAACAGAUUCCCAUCUCGGAUCACUGGAGUCAGAAUCUCUCCCAAUUCUUUCCUGAGGCCAUUGCUUUCAUUGAUGAGGCCCGUUCAAAAAAGUGUGGGAUUCUUGUUCACUGCCUCGCUGGCAUCAGCAGGUCGGUAACCGUAACUGUGGCCUAUUUAAUGCAGAAACUCAACUUGUCUCUUAAUGAUGCCUAUGACUUUGUAAAGAGGAAAAAGUCCAAUAUCUCUCCAAACUUUAACUUCAUGGGCCAACUGCUGGACUUUGAAAGGACUUUGGGACUCAACAGCCCAUGCGACAACCGCUCACCCGGUGAACAGCUCUACUUCACCACUCCAACCAAUCACAACUUGUUUCAGCUGAACACCUUGGAAUCCACAUGAAGGAGAUAUUCUUUGGGCAACCCCAGGUCUUGAAUAGCUUCUCUUGAGCAUUUCAAAUCCUUAGUGGAGGAAAAAGUCUUUCCAGUCACUCUUGAAAGAACUGGUUUCUCCAAGAAGAGCUGUCUGAUUGCUGCUUUACCGAAAAGGCUUAUGCCAUUUAUUAGUAUUCUGAUGCUAAUCAAAAUGGGUUCAGAGGAGUUACCUUAUCAGAGUUAUUUAAUGUGGGGAUGGCAUGGCGUUAUGAACGCAACUGUUACUGGCAAUAACUGCUAUCCUUUCUGAGUGUGUGUAGAGACUGAUGUAAUACGCACACAGCACAUAUACACAUGCGUGUAUACACAUGUACACACAUGCCACACGCACACUUAAAAACAAACAAACCUGACUUGUGUGUAUUAGCUUGAUGUGGAAAGCAAAUGAGACUUAUGCACUUGGCAACCUUAACCAAUAAGUGUUGGCCUAAGACUGUUGUUUUAAAAUCGUUUACUUUUUUUUUUAAAGAGGUAAAUCUUUAUUCUUUCUUGAGUUCAAACUUUUUAAAUAUGUAUGUUCCUGACUGUUUGUACAGACAAGGUUGCAAAACCAGUAUUUUAUUCUGUUCUUGUUUGAUUUCAUGUUUUUUAGAUAGAGAGAGAAAACAAAAUCAAAUGUUUCUAUUGACCAAAUGCAUUUUGCACACAUUGUAAAGCCUUGAUAUAUUUCUGGCAUAUUACUGGGUACUUGGGUGGAGAGGGGAGAGAUUAAGAGACAGAAAGAAAUCUGUAGCUAAUGGUUGUUAGCAACUGAUUGGAGUUCUCAUGACAUAUGAGGGCUAGUUGGUGAUAAUGCCGCUCUCCACCUUGCCCACAUUCACAAUCUCUUCUGCACUGAAUCAGCCAAGGUGACUAAGCGCCAAUGUGCUUUUUAAAAAAAUAAUAAAAAAAACACCCACCUUCGCCAAAAAUGAAACAACCCCAACCCACAGCCCUAUCCUUCACCAGUUACCACUCUGUUUGAUGUUACCUGAGAUGACAUCUCGCAUCACCUUCAUCCAGAGCUGGUAGAAGCAUGUUUCAAGGCUUGGUUGCUCUGUGCAGCCUUUUAUGACUGUUAACGUCACCUAGCUGGCCUGAAAUCAUUCCAGCUUCCAAAGCAAUGAACAUACUUUCAGUGAUGUUGUCAUUUAUCUUGCACAGUUGAUUCUUGUGUGUGUGUGUAUUAGAUGAUGAAACAGCAGGGAGGGAUAAAAGAGUAAAGCAGUACUGCUAUUUUAAAAUCUUUGAGCAGAGCAGAGACUUUGAAAAUGUGUAACUAGAGGACAACUUGCAUAUGAAUCACAAGAAGGGCAUGGAAUUUAUGCUUUUUAGCAAAGGUGAGGAGAAACUGCUAAAUUUCUUGAUGCCAUUGGAGCUUUUUGGUGAACUUUUUCUAAGUAACUUCUUUGCUGUGCCUUCUACAACAAGAAGACUUGUUUAUAUUUCUCAUUAAUGUAUAAUACUGGAAGAGGGAGAAGUGGUGCUUAAUUUUGUGGUUUUUUAGGGAGGAGGGCAGAAUGGACAUGGAAAAAAACAACCUUUUACUGGCUGCAGUGUAGUCCCUCUUUUUUUCCUUGUCUCUUUUUCUACUUUCACUCAAAGCAACUUCUAAAAAGCCACGGAGUUCCUUCCCCCAUAUUCAGUUUUUAUAUUCCCCUACCCCGAUAAAUAAAUCUCCAUGUGGAAGAAUGUUUAAUGCUGUCACAUCAUGAAACUGUGGUGUGUGCGUGUGUAAAUGUGUAUUUUUUGAGGAAAAAAGAAAUAUUACCAGAAUAUUGGGAUGAUUUCUUUUUCAUUGUUGUUGGUUUGUUUAUUUUUUGUUCAUUUUAAAAACGUAACAAUGUUGGGGUUGUUGGGUCAUCAGGACAGGAAAAAAUGGAGCACUAUGUGUGGAUGAGCAAGCAAAUGAGGAAUCUCCUAACUGCAUCUUACCUCAAGGAGAACUUUUUUAUUUUUCAGGGAUUUAGUGCAUCUGUAUCUUAAGCUGGUUUGUAUAAAGGCUUCCUGUGCCAAUGGUGGUUGUCUUAAAGAUGCAUCCUCUUCGUACAAAUGAGUCUUUGUUAGUGAGGAACAACUUUUGCUUUCUGUGAUUAUGAAGGAAAAGCAAGUGACCCUGUAUAUCCUGAACCCAAGGUUGGGACUUUGUUUAUAUUGCAAAUAAAAAUUAUUUUUUCUUUAAAAA